GGUGAAUCCAUGCCACCCGUGUCCAUCUUUAGUGAGGUGUAAUGAAAAAUUGAGUUAUGGCACUUGGUGCAACGCGCCCGAAACCAGUUAGGAAGAGGAAAUACCAUUUAGCGCAAUCCACUUGCUCUACUGGGUUUCAUAUUUCUAAGGAGGCGCACAAUUAAAUUCCUCGAGGAAGCCUUCGCUCUGCGCUCGCCCUCUUCGACGUUCGACCAACACAAAUAAAAAACAAUGGCGUUCAGAGACUUGGUGGAAGGCGAUUGCGGGGGGCCAAAUCCUCUGAUGCGGUUCACCUCGCAUUUCGUGCAAGACCAUGGCAUGAAAGAAGAAGGAGUUCACGAUCUUUUUAAUCCUUCUCUCCGGGAACCCUUCGAAUCCACGAACUCAGAUCAACUCGUCAAACAAUUUUUAGAAGAGAGUUCGGUCCAUCCACAGACCUUUAAAAUGGAUCAUUUGUUACAAGAGAUGAGGGAUAUUGAUCAGAGCGUUUAUCCUCCAGUAAUGGCACCUGGAGUCGCCAAAGAAUUAACUGGUCAAGACACAGCUUGGGCGAAUCAGUAUCUUCAAUCGGGUGGACAUUUUGACGAAAAUCAUGCAAAGGACAUUUGGAACUCUCCAACGACAGAACAGCCACUAUCCCGAAUUGGACCUUCAAAUUUUCCAGUUGGACCUUCGACCUUUCCAGCUGGAGCAUCUGCCUUUCCAGCUGCAGCAUCCACUUUUCCAUCUGGCGAGACAAACGAGCUCGGUUUGGGCCCAAAAUGGGCCGAGGAAUAUUUGGAACAUAAUAUAGAGAAUCCAGAAGCAAGUAGCAAAGAGGCAGAACUGGCAAAACCUGCCGAGGGUGGUAUCAGUACGGAUGAGCCGAAAGUUGCUUACUCGAAAUUCAUGAAGUUUAUGCGCCAGGAGGAAAGCAUUCCGAUCGAGAUGGAACAGGCCAACAAGUGGUCUUCGGAAUUCACUGAGGAGAAAAUAAUAAGCGAAAAUCCUGCUGUAGUAUCGAGUGAAAAUAGCGGGAUUUUGAAUAAAGUCGAAGAGGAAUUGGCUACCGCGGGCGCUUGGGUCGAAGAAUUCAACAAAAGUGUCGCCCAAGAUACCGAUAAUUACGAGUCGUCAUUUUGGAAACGACUCCAGGGAGAAUGGGAUAAAAUUCUGUCUUCCGAAAACAUUUCAGCUACGCAUCCCUGGAUAUCCGAGUACGACACAUACUAUGACCCCUUCAAAGAGUACAAAUUCAACGAGAACAACCCGAUGAUGGAUUUUCCGAACGCCUUCGAGGAGGGCAAGAAGAGACUGGUGAUGGGGGAUCUUCCGAGCGCGGUUCUUUGCUUCGAAGCGGCUGUAAAGCAGGAUGCAAACAAUGUGGAAGCGUGGCUCCUACUGGGCAAGACUCAGGCUGAAAAUGAACAGGAUCCAUUGGCAAUUUCCGCCCUGAAACAGUGCUUAACCCUCGAUCCUGCGAAUUCUGCUGCGAUGAUGGCUCUCGCAGUUUCCUACACGAAUGAGUCAUUUCAGAGUCAGGCGUGUUUGACUCUCAAAGAAUGGCUGAUGAAAAACGAAAAAUACAAACACCUCACACCCUCGAGUCCGUCAGUUCAACGUCCACCGACUGGGGUUUCUACUAUUUUAUUUAAGUGUCGCUUGUAUCGCUGCUCGAAAACAAUCUGCAGCUUUAUCAUACUCGCUCGAGAGAUUAAAAAGGACGCCAAGUCCACACUGAACAUCCGGGUCUAUCGUGUCUCGUGGCUGCAAUCUAGCUGCCUGAAUAAAGAGAUCCUCUACUUCGUUGUGAACAUCGCUGGAAAGGAAGCUGGCGAACAUCUUUUGACUGCCUUGAAUCAACAAGCUGCUGCAAAAGAUGUUUUAGGAGAAAAAGCACCACCAAAAGCAAUGUCUGAUACAAUCUGGUCGACUUUACGACUAGUCGUAUCGCUCAUGCAUAAAUUCAACCUUAGUGAGGCUGUAGAAAACAGAGAUCUAGAAACGUUAAACAAAGAGUUCGACAUGGAUUAAAGACUAUUUUUGGACAACAUAUUGGGAAUGCUGAAAUUAGGACUGUUAAAUAUUUACAAUACCAGAAUACAUCGAGAAGAGGAGGUCGAUGUAUGUUAAGUGCCGAUUGCAGUUUAGCGCAGAUAGGAAUCUUUUAUAAGUUUGUAGGUAGAGCAAAACAAAAAAAAUACGGAAAAACAAUAAAAAUUUAGUACUAUAAGGUAUUAUACACUCGUUAUCUGUUUAGAGUAUAUUUUCCUUGGUAAAAAGACUUUUGAAGGGAAGAAACCCUUUUAUAACAAUCCCCUCGUAACUCUUUUUUAACGCUACGUUCGCUUUUUUGAACAACCGAGCCUUGUAUAUACACAGAAUUAUGAAAAUCUCACGCAGCGGCUCUUAUACUGCGAUUUUACAGGGGAAAUAGGGGGAAUUCCAUUAACAACAUCUUUUUUUCUUCGAGUAUUGUAAUUGAAUUUUAGUUUAUAAGUUUCUAGAACGAUACUGAAAUUAUUAUUUUAUCUGUAACGUCUUCUUUUUUUUUAAAUCAUUAUCCUUUUUUCCGAAAGACAACUUUCCAUUUACAGAAAGUGUGCAAAAGAAGACUUGAAGAGAGCCUAUAAUUUUUAUACUUUAUGAGAUCCUAGCGAAUUGGCACUUUUAAAGCUCAAAAUGUAAAAGCAAUUGUCAAAACCGGGCGCAAUGAGUUGACUACUGCAUACCUGCAUUUGGACUGCACGAUUUUUAUGUUAUUUCGUUGUAAUUUAUGUGACCAAACGACUAAAUUUUAAGCUGGAAUCAAACAGUUUACCUUUGUUGACUUUCUUUCCGAAGACUUGAUAAAUCUUUAUAUAAUCGGAUGCAAACAUUUUUGAGUAAAAUUGUAUGAAAAUACUUUUAACUAUGUACACGGUUUUGCGCUAUUUUGGAAACAAUAAAUAUGUUAAAACGAGAAAGA